AAAAAAUAUAUUAAAAAGUUUUAAACUUUAUUAGAAUAAAAACACUCUGAAUAAACACUGAAUUAGAUCAAGACUAAGUCCAGAACAGUCCAUACAACGAAGCUUCAAUCAAAGUUACAGAAUGGAAUUAGUAUCAAGCUUCAAGACCUUCAUUGGUAGUCCUGAUAUAAAAUUUUAUCGAUGCACCAUCAAAAAUCAAAUUAUUAACAAAGAUUCAGCAAUAAAAUUGAGUACACAACAUCAUGAACAGGACAAGACAAUCAAUGAUGUAACUUAUGUGCAAUUUGAGGACUGCUCGAUAGAAAAGAUACCAAAAGGAUUGUCAAAAGUCUUUCCAGGCAUGAAAGUUCUCUUUAUUUUUAAUUCAAAGCUCAAAAAAAUAUCAAAAAAUGAUUUAAUUGAGUACAAACAUUUGGUAAGGUUUCAUAGUGAGCGCAAUGAUCAUGAAUUCAUACCUGGAGAUUUAUUUGAAGACUUUAAAAGUCUUGAAUGGAUUUCAAUUUGUGGCAGUAAACUUAAGAUUAUUGAGCCAAAUAUUCUCGAUGGACUUGAAAACCUUCAAGUUGUUCGCUUCUUGCAAGCUUCGUUAUUGGACCAGCUUUAUUCAAUCUAUCCAGAACAUGGAGGUAAUUCAAGUCUAGAUGAGUUUAAAGAUAAACUUUUGAAGACAUUUUUAACAAACGAUCUUCAAACUAUUAAAAAUUAUUUAAAUAAGCUUCAACAUUCGUCACAAAAAGGACUCUUUGGUGACCUAAAAGCAUACAUUAAGGACGACAGCUCCAAAGACAUAAAGAUUCAUAUUGAUGAUCGAGAAUUUCAUGUCCAUAAACUGCUCUUGACUAUUCGCAGUCCACCAAUAGCUGAAAUUUUACGAAAUAAUCCCGAAGCUGCCAAUUUAAAUUUGGUUGACAUUCCCGUCGACAUUUUUGAGACAAUUCUAAAAUUUCUCUACACUGACGAGCUUCCAGCAGAUGAAGACCAAAACUUUAUGCAGCUUUUUGUCGCUGCAAAUCGCCUACAAAUCAAGGAACUGAAAAACUUUGCUGCUACAGAAAUUUCUAAUCGAAUUAAUGCAGUUAAUGCCAUGGACAUCUUCAACAUGAGCCACAAGUAUGAUCAAGAGGAGCUAAGAAAAAAGUCAUUUGAGGUAGUCAAGAAAAUGUAUCCAAAAAUUGAAUUUAAGGAUGAAUGGGCAUCAAAUCCAGAAAAGGUUGUUAAAAUUAUCGAAGGAUAUAAAAAAAUGGAAGAAGAAAUCAGAAAGCAAAAGGAUGAGUUUGAAAGCUUGAUGACUGAGAAUUAACGCCAGUUGGGUAUGCAUAGGCU